ACGAGUGUAUGUGUGUGUUCUUCGCUCAGCGCUGUAUGUGUGUGAUUGUGAGGGUCUGAGUGUGGGUGUGUGUGUCCGUGUCCACUGAGCAGUGUGUGUGUGUGUGUAUGUGUGUAAUAGAGAAAGUCCAUGCGGAGAUGCGGAGCGGUGGCCGCGGCUGCUGUGUCCGGGAAUCGGCGCUGAUCCGCCGCAGUGAUGCUGGAGCUCUGCGAGGAUGAAGAGCUGCAGGCGCGGGUCUGGAGUCCUGAACUGUGUCAGAGUGGCUCCUGAUCUUUAUCAUUAGCAUCAUCUUCAGCAUCAGGACCAGCUCAGCUUCUGCCUCUGGAGAAAAGCGAAACGCGUUUUUCCGUCCGCAGCGCGAGUGUCCCUGGCGGGCCUCCGUCGGGAUGGGUGACGGCAUGUCGAAGCGGCUGAGGCUGGUGGCGGGCGCAGACUCGGAGAUGGAGGAGCGCAGUUUCAGCAACCCGUUCGCGGAUUACGAGCCUUCAGCGGCCUCGAGCCCGGACAGCGGAGACCCGGGAGACACCGGUGAUAGCGGAGAGCUCUUCGACCGCUCCGGAAAGAUCAGCGACGCCUUUCAGAAGAAAGUGCAAAGCAAGAUUAAAGAUCUUCUCCAACAAAUGGAGGAGGGCCUGAAAACUGCAGACCCGCAUGAUUUCUCCACCUAUACAGGCUGGACAGGCGUGGCUCUGCUGUAUCUGCAUCUGUAUCGGGCCACACAGGAGGUUUCGCAUCUGCAGCGUUCUCUGGAUUAUGUCAAGCGCACCCUGAGGAACCUGAACGGGCGCCGGGUGUCUUUUCUGUGUGGAGACGCCGGACCGCUGGCUGUGGGGGCCGUCGUACACCAUCACCUCAAGAACCAGACCGAGUCCCAGGACUGCAUCAGCAAGUUGCUCCAGCUCCAGCGUUCAGUACUCAGUCCAGACUCUGAUAUUCCUGACGAGCUUCUGUAUGGUCGGGCCGGGUAUCUGUACGCCCUGCUGUAUGUCAACAGAGAGAUCGCUCCAGACACAGUGGACGACGCCACCAUCGCCAAGGUGGUGACGGCCAUUGUGGAGUCGGGGAAGAACUUGUCUAAAGAGGAGAAGAAGAGCGAGCGAUGUCCGCUGCUGUACGAGUGGCACAAGAAGCAGUAUGUCGGAGCCGCUCACGGCCUGGCCGGGAUAUACUACAUGCUCAUGCAGCCGAGUGCUAAACUCCAUCCGGAUCUGCUGAGCGAGCUGGUUCGGCCCAGUGUGGAUUAUCUGCGGCACAAGAAGUUCCGGUCCGGCAAUUACCCAUCAUCCCUCAGCAACGAGAGCGACCGGCUGGUGCACUGGUGCCACGGAGCUCCGGGAGUGCUGCAUAUGCUCAUCAUGGCACACACGGUCUUCAAGGAUGAGAAGUACCUGCGGGACGCUCUGGAGUGUGGAGAGCUGAUCUGGCAGAGGGGUUUACUGAGGAAGGGUUACGGGCUCUGCCAUGGCACGGCUGGAAACGCAUACGCAUUCCUGAUGCUGUACCGCUGCACACACGACAGGAAACACCUGCACCGCGCCUGCAAGUUUGCUGAAUGGUGUCUGGAUUACGGGACCCACGGAUGCCGCAUUCCUGACCGGCCUUACUCACUUUUUGAAGGUAUGGCUGGAGCCAUCCACUAUCUCUCAGACGUCCUCCAGCCUGAAGUCUCCUGUUUUCCAGCUUUCCAGCUCUGAGAACCGCUCAGACGUCUCUCCAACUGCCCACACUGGACUCCACGGACCCUCCAUGGACCCUUUAAACCCAACAAAAGGAUUCUCUCUCAAUGUGGAUGCAAAAAACAAACAACUUUCAGCCUAUGAGUUCCAACAGCGCUGCCUUGAGUUCUGUCCUCGUAGUGUUUAAAGGGACACAAGUGAAGAUUCUGUUAACAUUAAUUUUUCAGACAUGCAGGAGUCUCUUUCUUCUGUCCGACACAAAAGAAGAUAGUUUGAAGAAUGUUGAAAACCGGUUACCAUUGACUUCCAUAGUAUUUGUUUUUCCUAUUAUAGAAGUAAGUUCUUACAGGUUUCCAACAUUCUUCAAAAUAUCUUCUGCAGUGUUCGACAGAUGAAACUCAUUUUUGAACUGUUUAUUUAAAGGGUUAGUUCACCUAAAAAUAAAAUAUGUACUCACUACUUUACUCUCCCUCAAGUGUUUCCAAACCUUUAUGAGUUUCUUUCUUCUGUUGAACACUAAAGAAGAUAAUUUGAAGAAUGUUGGAAACCAGUAACCAUUGACUUCCGUAGAAUUUUUUUCCUACUAUGGAAGUCAUUGGUUCCAGGUUUAUAACAUUCUUCAAAAUAUCUUCUUCAGUGGUUAACAGAAGAAACAUUUUUUGAGUGAACUGUUCAUUUAAAGGUGAAGUUCACCAAAAAAUACAAAUGUACUCACUGUUUCACUCUCCCUCAAGCGUUUCAAACUUUUCUGUUUCGUUCUUCUGUCAAAACAAAAGAAGAUAUUUUGAAAAAUGUUGCCCCUUAAGUGGCUCCAAACGUUUAUUAGUUUUACUGUAUAUUUUGAAGAAUGUGGAACCUGGAGCCAUUUUCUUUACAUAGUAGGAAAUACAAAUACUAUGGAAGUGUUCCAAACCUUUAUGAGUUUCUUUCUUCUGUUGAACACUAAAGAAGAUAUUUUGAAGAAUGUUAAAAACCGGUAACCAUUGACAUCCAUACUAUUUUUGUUCCUACUAUGAAAGUCAAUGGUUACCGGUUUCCAACAUUCUUCAAAAUAAAUGUUUAAAGAAGUAAAGAGUGAGUAACUGAUGACAGAAUGUUCAUUUGUGCGUGAACUGACCCUUUAAGACUGAAUGAUAUGUGUUGCUAAUAAAUGAUUUGUAGUUUGUCUUCGCAGCUCUUCAAGUUUCCAGCGUUUGCAUGCCUGUUGUGUAGCAGUGCUGUUGAUUGUGUGUUUGUCCAUAUUUGUCUGUGUUGUCUUUGCAUGAGGACGGUGUGUGUGUGUGUGUGUGUGUCAGUGUUUUGUUCCUGUGGCCAUUUGUCUCGAUGAGGGAGAGAGUGCAGAGAGAUUGAGCUGCUCUGGUAAAUAUUGUUUCCUCAGGCUAAUGUCACUUCUGAAUGUCACAAUAAACUGGGCUUUUCUGAA